AGUUAAAUAUUGACAAUUGGGAGGACAUUGGGAUUUUAAUACUAUAUGGGUUUUGUCUUCUCAUUCCUUGCCAAAAACAGUGAAAACUCAUGAAAGUGUAGGACUUUUCAGGUCACCUUCUUCAAUCAAAGAGGACCCCUUUUUCUUUUUUAUUUUUCUUUUUUGCUUUUUUUCUUAUUUUGCCCUGUUCAUGGAUCCCAAGGGCUCAACAACAAAGCAGCCACAAGAAGUACCCAACUUCUUGAGCCUCCCCCAGCCACAUCAACAACAACCAAACAUGGGUGAGAACAAGCCUGCUGAAAUCAAAGAUUUUCAGAUUGUGAUUGCUGAUAAAGAAGACGGCAAGAAGCAGUUGGCCCCCAAGAGAAGCUCAAACAAGGACAGGCACACUAAAGUUGAAGGCAGGGGAAGGAGGAUAAGGAUGCCCGCCCUCUGUGCAGCAAGGAUUUUCCAAUUGACCAGAGAAUUGGGCCACAAAUCUGAUGGGGAAACCAUACAGUGGCUUUUACAGCAGGCUGAGCCGUCGAUAAUAGCCGCCACCGGCACGGGGACCAUACCGGCAUCAGCUUUAGCCGCGGCAGGGGGCUCUGUUUCACAGCAUGGGGGCUCUCUAUCAGCUGGAUUGCACCAAAAGAUUGAUGAUUUAGGGGGGUCCAGUAUUGGGUCAGGGAGUAGGACCAGCUGGGCAAUGGUAGGUGGGAACUUAGGGAGACCCCAUGUGGCCACAGGGCUAUGGCCCCCGGUCAGUGGGUUUGGGUUCCAGUCAUCAUCUGGUCCAUCAACAACAAAUUUGGGCAGUGAGAGUUCAAAUUACCUGCAAAAGAUUGGCUUUCCCGGGUUUGACUUGCCAGCAACCAACAUGGGUCCUAUGAGUUUCACCUCAAUAUUGGGUGGUGGGAGUAACCAGCCGCUACCUGGAUUGGAGCUUGGCUUGUCUCAGGAUGGUCAUAUUGGGGUUUUGAACCCACAAGCCUUGAGCCAGAUUUAUCAGCAGAUGGGUCAGGCUAGAGUGCACCAACACCAGCACCAGCACCAGCACCAGCACCAACCGCCUGCUAAGGAUGAUUCUCAAGGGUCAGGACAGUAGGUUUUGGCAUUGGGGACAAUCAAAGUCUACAAAUUUGGAGAGGGACUAUAAAAGAAGUAGCAUUGUUCAGAGGCUGAGUUCUUUGGUAAUGAUUUUUGUAUUGUAUAAUUUGGAAAAAAGAAAAAAGAGUGAGGAAAGAGAUACUGAGAGAAUUCAAAUAGGGACUGGAUUUGGUUUGCCCCUUCUUUUUGUCCUCUGCAUCACCCAAGUCUCCAAAAACAGGUGGAAUUGUGCACAACCAAAUUGCUUGGGUUUGGGAUUAACUUCUUGUUUAAUUCAGAGGUGUGUCGUUUAUAGUGUAAGGCAUCUUUGAUUAUUUUUUUCUUCUUUAGGUCUGGAUGGAGUGGUGAUCAGUUUGUUUGUUACAUUAGAGUUUUAUAGUCAUACUUGUCCAAUUUAUUCUUAGAUCUACUAAGGGAUUUUAAUUAUCAAAUAUAUUCUUAUGGUUUGCACAGAAAGGGCCAAUUGCUUUUAGUUUAUGGCUGUCCGAUACAUUCAUUUUACUUGCUACCUUGUGUGUUAUUGUUUCCUUUCAGAAAUAUAUAGCUUUGGACCAAUCUCACUUUCUUUAUAAAGAUAAUUUAGUUUUUUUUCCA